UUUUACUGUCGAAUAUAUUAUUGAUCAUGUCCCUUGAUAAUCGCGGACUCCUUUACGUGGAAAAACAACGCGCAUUCUUCAGAGUAGCCAUAUCAACUGAACCAAGUAAAAGCAUAUAUUGUCUGAUGAUCCGUCUGUAUUAUGGCAGGAAAACGGGUACGGAUUUUAUCGAUAUUCGUGGUUAAUUGAGUUUCACCAUUUCACAGUCAAUAAAUUAAUACAACCUAUGCUUACAUUUAAUUGCAUUUAUUUUCUCGCUCAAUUUACUUGUGUUCCAAGCAACAAAAACGAUUAUUCCUAUAACAAAUAUUCCUUAUGUUCUUUAUCACUACGUUAGUUUCUAUUAUUGUUCGUAUGAUUGUACUCUUUAUAAGAACUUUUUUUUAAAUUUCGGUUUAUGUAGUUUAUUCAGACGAAGAGAAUUGGAUGUACUGCUUCGGCGAUUCGACCUCAGACAAAAAUUUAAAGUGCAUCUACAAGACUCAUACAGCUCUGGACGUGGCUGGCUAAACCAAUUGAUUGCUUAAUGUAUUAAUUCAUAAUUUACUGCAAAGAAGUGCAGCGUUAGUUGACCAGUAGCUUGAAGUAAUAUCUGACCAACUGUCAAAGGAGGUAGAAUUCUAGGAAAAUCCGAAUGUUUUUCUUCUCCGUUAAGCGAGAACGAGAUAAAGAUACCUGACACGAAAUAUCGAGGUCAAAAUAAAUAUGUUAGGUGCCUCUCUACGGAGUCGCUUCCAAGAACUGAUAGAGAUAAUGGCCAUCAGCUAACACGGCAAACUCUCAGUCAGCUAACGCGGCACUACUACAUAUCAUUCCUAUGAAGUAUGUAAGUAUUCAUAUAACGUGCAAUAGGUUUGAAGCGGAUACGAAGUGAAUGAAACACCCGGAAAAAUUAUGCUUUGGUGAAGAAUUAACAUCAAGUGAUAAUAAGAACAAAAUUUGCUGAACUUUCAGUUACUGCGGUUACUGAUAACUUGAUAGUUCGUGAUGACAUCCCCUUCUGGUAAUAACACAAGCAUAGCAGAUCGGCUAGAUAUCCUAGAAAAAUUAGAAGAUGGCAUGACUGUGAGUAGUAUUGCCUGUGAAUAUGGACUCAGUAACAGAACAAUACGACGAUACCGGCAGCACUCGAAGGCGAUUCGCAACUUCGCGGCGAAUCCAAAGUACCGGGAAAUGAAGAGACAACGGAUACCUAUAUAUACCGAUUUGGAGUCCAAAUUGUAUCGUUGGUUUCAGCAAAGAAAGUUGUUAGGAGACUGUUUAACAGAUAAUAUUUUAAUAAAUAAAGCUAAAGAAAUAGAGACAGAGUUUCCCAGUACCUCGAAUUUUAAAGCAAGUCGAGGUUGGCUCCAGAACUGGAAGAAAAAAUAUGAUAUUGGCAAGAACACGACAGAUCCGAAUGAAAUCGCCGCGAAUAAUUUUAUACGUGAAUUUUUACAAAUACUAGUAAAAGAAGAUAUAAACGAAGAAGAUGUGUAUAACAUGGACGAGACUAGUUUACUUUGGAAAGCACUUCCGUGGAAGACAUUAGUUCACGAGGAAAAAUAUCUGAUCAUAAAAGGAGAAAACAGAAAAACAGACAUAGUAACUGUGGCAUUUUGUGCAAACACUAGCGGUACACACAAAUUGCCAUUACUCUUUGUAAAUAAAUUCGCAAAUCCCCGAGCAUUGAAACAUUGUAAGGAUACGUUACCGGUGGUAUAUAAAAGUCAUUGUAAUGCUUGGGUUAACGAAGAUAUUUUUCGAGAAUGGUAUACCAAUCAUUUUAAGCAAAGUGUGAAAGAGCGCCAAUUACAGGAACAACGUAAAGGAAAAGUAAUAUUGCUCGUUGACAAUUUCAAGGCACACAAACUUGAAAAAAAGGAACUGGAUGAUGGCCACUUUAUGUUAAUAUUUUUACCACCGAAUACGUCCUCGUUGAUCCAACCUAUGGACCGAGGCGUAAUUACUCAAUGUAAAAAGAUAUUUCGGCUUGAACUACUUCGUCGGGUACUCCAGUAUAACGACGGACUUACACAGUUUUAUGCUGAUUACGAUAUUAAGGAUUGCAUCGAUUACAUUAGCGAAGCAUGGAAUAAUGUUACACCACAAAACAUUCGUAGUUCCUGGGUGAAAAUUCUUAACAGACAGUUUGAAUUUAAUAACAUUAAAACAGAAAAUUCUACGGUCACCGAUGAACAGAAUGCAGAGCAAUCUAUCGACGUGAUGUCUGCUGAAGAAAUAACAGAGUGGAUUUCCGGAUGCGAACAGGCGGAAAUCAUUCCAGAGGAAACUGCAAUUUUGAAACAAAUUUGCAAAUUUGAAUCAUCUCCUUCUCUGAUAGAAGACGAAGAAAUUGAUCGUCUAUUGUAUAAUUUAAGGAUGCUGAGUAAAAUCGAACCAGAAAUUGAAGCCGAUGCAAAACGAAUAAUAGAUCAUUUUAAUAAAAAGCAAGAAAGAUAAUAUUGUCCCUGUUAUAGUUAUUGUUAUCAUUAUUUUUACACCAGCGAUGUACCAUUUAAAUCGUACGUAAUACAUGGCCUAUCGUCAGAAGACUACUUCGAUAUAACUAUUGUUAUAAACGUUUAAUCAUAGCUUACAAAUUUCCAAGCUAUGUGACGUAUUAUGAUAUAAUAUAUACAUAACACAAAAGUAUGUUUUUUGUAUACAAGUAUGUGUAUCAUAUUUGUAGAUAUUUAUUAAGCAAAUACCAAAUAAUUUUAGUAUUCGUGAUAACUUACGUUAUUACUUAUUCCUGUUGCCAUGUUUUCUGCACUUCUAUUUUUAAA